GCAUUCUAGCACCCACCCACUACACUUACAAAGAGGUCCCUGCACACAUAUAUACCUCGCAGGCCUCAGUACACCCUUUGAUCAGAUCGACUUUACUUUACUUCACUCGAAAUUCAUUCUUACGAAUCUCCACUAUGCCGACCGAGUCUGAGAUGCGGUCUCGUCGAGACUCUUGGCCACCUACCCAGAUGCGCCUCAAGCCUACCCUUUCUACCAAGAACCGGCCACUUCCAUCUCUUGAUGAUAUCGAUGAUGAUCCUCUGACCUACUUUCUUACACCAGCGCCUCUUCUUGACGGCGAUGAUAUGGACGACGUCUUGCUAGAUUUUGAUGCGGGUAUUGAGGAUGCCAGUUCUCCUCGACCCUUUGUCCGCAGUGUAAGUCCAUCAACACUCGAUGGACUACGCAAGCCUGGUCUACGUCCCAUGUCACCGGACACCAGCUCUGAGAUCUCAGAGUCCAACAAUGAGGAUGAUUAUGACGACGAUGAUGAGGACUAUGUCAGCUUCUCACCCAGUAAGCACGGAGGACUCCUCUCUCUUAGGGACCUCUUUGCCAACAGCCGACCACCUGUCCGACCCAAGAGCCCUGCUUUCAACCAGUCGAACAACAACUCUCUCCUCUCACCUACUGCCCUCUCAAGCAGCCCAAAGCUACGUGGCCGAUCCAGGGGCCGUGGACGCCAUGGAGCCAGUUCCCGAGGACACUCAGCAACACGCCGCCCAGGACAACUAUGGCGGGAGCCAAGCCCUGAUGUGUGGUCCAUUGAGGAGGAGACCGAGGAGGAGAUGAUGAGUGAGGUUGGAAGCAGUGUUGGUGCCCAGAGUGACACCAGCGAUGAUGAGGCUGAGAGUAAGAGACGCAAGGGGAAGAAGGCCAAGUCGAACAAGAAGGUUCGCUUCGUCUUGCCUGCUCAGGAAUUCUAAGGGAGGAUGGAUCGAUAUUGCAUAACUUGGCGUUCAGGUCUGCAUCUCUUUCGUAUUGGUUUCUUAUAGCAUCACAGGAGGUUGCAUCUGCAUAGGCGGCGUUGACUAGCAUGGAGGGAGUGGCGGAUCAAGAGUAAUGGCUGGUCCAAGGAGGAUACCUAUUUGUCUGGCUUGCAUUUAUCGGGUGCAUUCAUUGGAGGAAGAUUGAAGCUGGAACACAUAGCUGGCUGGAAUUUCGCAUACCAUAGUUACAUUUCUUCAGGAGCAAUCCGCUUUCGAUACCUAUUUGGAUUUGGGGGAUUUGGGGGACUUUGCGAUAAAUUGGCAUUAGUUUGAACAAAUGAUUUUCCUCAUG